AAUCAUGUUCUUCAACAGCAGUGUAAUGGGGUUUCUGCUGUUACUUUGUUCCUCUCUCAUCGUUUCUCUCUCAUCUGGUGCUGACACCAUCACUGCAAACGAAUCUAUCUCUGGAGAUCAAACACUCAUCUCCAAAGAUGGAAAAUUUGAGUUGGGUUUCUUCAAAGCAGGUAAUUCUUCAAACUAUUACAUAGGCAUGUGGUAUAAAAAGGUUAAUACAAUACUGCCAACCGUAGCUUGGGUAGCAAACAGAGAAACCCCUGUUUCUAAUAGGUUCGAAUCUGAAUUGAAAAUCAUUGAUGGUAACUUGGUGCUGUUAAACGAGUCAAAAUCCCCAAUUUGGUCCACAGGGCUCAACUCCUCCAGUUCGAAUUCUGUAGUUGCUGUUCUUCUUGAUGAUGGUAACUUAGUUUUGAGAGAUGGUCCAAAUUCAACUGGGCAUAUUUGGCAAAGUUUCGAUUUCCCAGGUAAUACAUGGUUGCCUGGUGCUAAAAUGUCUUAUAACAAUAUAACGGGAAAAAAACAGCUUCUUACUUCAUGGAAAAGCUUAGAAGAUCCUUCAGAAGGACUGUUUUCUUUAGAGCUUGAUCCUAAAGGGAAGCAGUAUAUAAUUAGGUGGAAUAGAAGUACACCGUAUUGGACGAGUGGAACUUGGAAUGGGCACAUUUUUAGCUUGGUUCCUGAAAUGAGGGCGAAUUAUAUCUACAAUUUCAGCUAUGUCGAAAACCAAAACGAGAGUUAUUUCACUUAUUCUUUGUAUGAUAAUGAGACUAUCUCAAGAUUCAUAAUGGAUAUUUCAGGUCAAAUUAAGCAAUUAACAUGGUUAGAACCUUCCCAACAAUGGAAUUUAUUUUGGUCUCAACCAAGAGAACAGUGUGAGGUUUAUGAUUAUUGUGGUGCUUUUGGUUCUUGCCGACAAAGUGGAUUGCCAUUCUGCAAUUGCUUAACUGGUUUCAAUCCUAGAUCACCGAGUAAUUGGAGCCUGACUGAUUUCUCUGGUGGGUGUGUGAGGAAGACUGAACUACAAUGUGGGAGGACCUCUGAAAAAUAUGGGUUUCUCCCAAUUUCAGCUACAGCUACAGCUGAUCGAAAGCCUCCAAAUUUUACGGUUUUGGCUGUUGGGAGCUCUGGAGAAUGUCAGAGAACUUGUUUGAAUAACUGUUCUUGUAAUGCUUACUCUUAUGACAACAAUGGGUGUUCAAUUUGGAAUGGAGAACUCUUGAAUCUUUCAGACGACAACGACAAUGCGACAACAAUCUAUGUCAAAGUUGCUUCCAAAGAUCUUCCAAGCCAAAAGAAGAAUAACGGAGUCAUUAUAGGUGCGGUUGUUGGUUCAGUUGUCGGCUUGGUGUUAAUCUUGGGUCUGAUUUUAUUUCUAAUACAUAGAAACAAGAGAUCUGUUGGGAAAACAGCAGUGGAGGGAUCGUUGAUAUCAUUCGUUUAUAGAGAUCUACAAACAGCAACCAAAAAUUUCUCUGAUAAAUUGGGAGGAGGUGGUUUUGGUUCGGUGUUCAAGGGUACGUUGCCUGAUUCUACUGUGGUGGCAGUCAAGAAGCUCGAAAGCGUGACACAAGGAGAGAAGCAGUUUCGAAGUGAAGUGAGUACAAUCGGCACCAUUCAUCAUGUGAAUCUUGUUCGCCUUCGUGGGUUUUGCUCAGAAGGAAAUAGCAAGUUGUUGGUGUAUGAUUACAUGCCAAAUGGUUCUCUAGAUUCCCAUCUUUUCAGCAACGAAAAACUCUUGGACUGGAAAACGAGGUAUCAGAUUGCGCUAGGAAUAGCUAGAGGGUUAGUUUACCUUCACGAGAAAUGCAGAGACUGUAUAAUCCACUGUGAUAUAAAGCCCGAGAACAUUCUUUUAGACACUGAUUUGUGCCCAAAAAUUGCAGAUUUUGGUUUGUCUAAGCUUGUUGGUCGAGACUUUAGUAGGGUUUUGACAACAAUGAGGGGAACCAGAGGGUAUCUAGCACCCGAAUGGUUAUCAGGAGUGGCCAUCACAAUGAAAGCAGAUGUUUACAGCUAUGGCAUGAUGCUUUUUGAGUUCAUAAGCGGCACUAGAAAUUCAGAACAGUCUGAAGACGGGAAGAAGAGAUUCUUCCCCAUGCGAGCUGCAAACGUUCUUAUAGAUGGUGACGAUAUCCUUACCCUAGUAGACCCUAGAUUAAACGGCAAUGCCAGUGCCGAAGAAGUAACAAAACUUUGCAAAGUUGCCUGUUGGUGUAUCCAAGAUGAUGAAGAAGCCCGGCCUGCAAUGAGUCAAGUAGAACAGAUUCUUGAAGGCCUUUUGGAUGUUAACAUGCCCCCGAAGCCACGUGCUCUACAGCUGUUUGUUGAUGAUGAUGACCACGUUGUUUUCUUCACCGAGUCUUCCUCAAGCCAAAGCUCGCAAGCUCGGAGUAAUCCGUCGAGUGGUGUUUCUCAGGCUAAGAGCACUGCGUCAACUUGAAGACGUUGUCGUGUGCAGUAUUGGAUUAUUUACAAUCAAAUGAUCGAUACGUAGAUGAAGAUUCAGAAGCAGUUUCGUAUGCAUAAGGGUGUGUUUAGUUCAAGUAGUUAGAUGCAAGUUGGGUCGCUAGUAACCGUAAUGCCACCAUUUUUAUUCUUUGUAGUUUAUGUGUAUAAAAGCGUAGGGAGGAUACCAAUCACUUCCCACGUUUGUGAAUGUUUCAUGUUUUCAUUGCGUUUGUUUUGUUGUAUGUGUUUCCCUUUGUUUAAUAUGGU